UUUUUAACAAAAUUCAACAUCAAUUUGGGAGGUUUGAGGGCGCUGUACGAGGCGAACGAAGGUUUGCUGAACGUGCCAGAUUCUCGCGAGGAGAUUUUCAGAGACAAGAAGCUUUCGCUGAAGGCGAAGAACCAGUUGAUGAGGUUCUUUAAGCUCAUUCUAAAGCACUUGGACGAUACUCAAGAGGAAAAAAUUUCGAAGGAGGAUUUGGAGAUUCCGUUUGUUAGUUUCUUGGAGAAGAUGAAGUUGCCGCCUAAGAUAAAAUCGAUUCUUUUGUAUGCUAUAGCCAUGGUAGAUUAUGAUCAAGACAAUAAUGAGGUUUGUAAAGAUUUACUUAAAACAAAAGAUGGAAUAGAUCGUUUAGCUCAGUACAGCUCAUCUGUUGGAAGAUUUCCCAAUGCUCCUGGGGCUUUGCUAUAUCCUAUUUGUGGUGAAGGAGAAUUACCACAAGCUUUUUGUCGUCGUGCUGUUGUCAAAGGUUGCAUUUAUGAGUGUAGUUUUUAAACUUGUUGGUAGUGAUGGCUGAAACCUAAUGCGAGAAGGUGAAGCAAAGAAGCAGGCUCACCAUUAGCGUUUUCACGUCUCAGCUUUGUCGUGCUUUGUCGUGCUUCAGUCUUCACGUCUCUCGUCUUCGCCAAGAGGUAUGUGUUUCAAUCUUCACUUUUGUGUUCUCCGUUAGGGUUUUUUCGCGGACGUCUCUCGUGACGCCAUUGUCGCUCAAGUCGUAACCAUUGAAUCUCCCCCUGGAAGUGGUUGCAAAACAGCGAGGGGAUUGGGCUUUGGA